CUAAUAAUGAUAUGUGAAGGAAACACAGCACAACUUGACUGUGGUAGUGAUGUUAUCCAGAUCUACGCUGCCAACUACGGGCGGACAAAUAAAUGCUCCUGUCCUGAUGGAGUCCCUGCUCACCUCGAAAACACUGCAUGCUUUGCAAACACAACGCUCCAAAAAGUCAAAGAAAAAUGUGAGGGAAGCAGCACAUGCACACUGGAAGCCAAGAGUGAACACUUUGGAGAUGAUCCCUGCAGUGGCACAUUCAAGUACCUAAACAUCUCCUAUUGCUGUCUUCCCCCAAACUCUCAAUCUUGUCCCACCUGCCAGCCAAUAUCCAACUACACCCUGUAUGACCUGGUGUUUGUCCCAGAGCCGAUGUCCUGGGUUGGAGCCCUGCACCACUGUGCUAAGAGGGGCUCCAGGCUGGUGCACAUCCUGGACAACUGCACCCAGUUCCGGGUGGAGGAGCUGCUGAUGGAGGUGGCCACCUACUGGGGCUGCGCGGAGAAGGCCUGGGUGGGCCUGGAGCGCUGCAUGAUCAACCCCCAGGCCCCCUGGGAGUGGAGCGGGGGAGCGGCCGUGGGGGACUACGAUCGCUGGAACACCAGCUUCCCCCGCAACCCCUGCUGCUUCCACUGCGGCCAGCUGGUGCAGGAGGGUGGAGACCAGGACCACCAGAAGUACCUGUGGCAGGACGCCUGCUGCCAGGAGCAACUCCCCUUCAUCUGCCAGCUGACCUCACCUGUUAAUGACAUACAACCCUGCCAGCUGAACUCACCUGUUACUAACACAGAUUGUUUGAUUUGAGACAGCAGAUGGCAGUAAAGGACCAUUCAGCAGGUACCAUUUCAACAAGGCUGCAUUGUGCCUGCUGGAUCAGUAACCAAGCUCUAUCAUGUAGUUCUGAAUUAUUAUCCCACACACUCACAGUCCAAAAAUAUCUGGUUAAAUACUUAUGAAGAAUCACACCGUAUUCGUGUAUGAUUUAGAUUGUAUAAUGUGAGGUAAAGUGGAGUUAAUAUUAGAAAAGUAUCUAUUAGUGUAAUAUUACAUUUCUUCCCUCUUAAAUGCACAAUUGUGUGAGAUGACAUGGACUUCUGUGAUUUGAAAU